GUCAAAGCCAAUUUUGGCAACCUUUUGUGGUGCUAAACUCAGCCUUGAAGUGCUACAAAUAUCCAUUUGCUUAAUUGACAAGCAAGUACACAGGAGCUGGAGGGGACAGCAGUUGCUUUAUUUUGUAAUCCUAGAGGAAUGUUGCUGGUUUUUCUACUUGAUAAUUUUAGAGGUGGAAAUAAACAUCAAGGCUGCAAAUGUAUGACAAAGAUUCACUCUUCACUUUUUCCAUUUGAAGACAUUCCCUUAUUCACACUCUGGUUUUGUUUAUGCAAGAGACCAAGUCUGGGUAGUCCCUUUUACAGCUGUAAACAUUGAGAAUAGAGCCUUUAGUAAGCCUAAUGUGAUCAAAACAGCAAGUACUGUAUCAAACAGCAUGGCUCUCUAAUCUACUUGUAAAAUAUGCUGUCUUUUGGGAACAGAUGAUUUUAUGUGACUCUUAAAUGUAGACUUAACACUUCGGUUUACACUCCUUAACACUAAAUUGCCCUAGAUUUCAAUAGCUGUUUUGGGAUGAGUUAAGGAAAUAAUCAAAAAAAUCAGAUUAACUAUGUUUCAGAUGUUUUAUAAACAUUUUAGAAUGUCCACUUCCCUUUCUCUAAAUUAUUGUAACUGAAUAUUUUUAUAGAGCCCUAUGGAACAGUUCUGUACAUCUCACCUCAAAAGUAAAUCCUAUUACAUUUUAUUAGACUUACUUCCAAAUAAGUGUUUUGGAACUGCUGUCUUCGUGUAAGUCUCAAUUUUUUUAAAAGUGAGAUGUAAAUUAUGUAAAUAAGGAUGUAGUCCUUCUCUUAGGUCAGUUUGCUAGUCCAAGAAACUGUAUACAAACGAUUUUGAGUAUGUAAGAAGCCAGUUCUAAACUGAAUUAAUUUUAGUAAAAAUUGGCAUGGGUAAAAUUUGAAGCUCAGGAAACAACUGCCUUAUUUGAAUACUACUACUACUACUACUACUAUUACUACUACUACUACUACUACUACUACUACUACUACUACUACUACAAUAAUAAUAGCCUUUCUUUUGUAUAAUCUUGUAAUUCAUGGAGAGAUAGAUGACAGAUUGAGAUCUGUAAAUAGAACCUGACUGAUUUGCAGUCAAUUGACAAAUAUCUCAGACUUAAAUUAGACGGAAUAGACUGAUACUUAUCUGUGCAAAACAUUCCACUAUAUGAACCUUUAGAGUCCAGUAAAUAAUUUUUUUUAUUUAUGUCAGAAGCACCUACAAACAUAUAGACAUAUAGCAUUCAAUACUGAGCGAGUAAAAUAGGCAUAAAAUAGGUCAUAAAAAUAUAGCACAUUUAAAAAUAUGUAAAAUAGGAUUAAAACUAAAUGAUAUUAAUUAAAUAAUAAAUAAAUUAGUCAAUAAUUUGCUUUCUUUUUUGAGCCACCAUUUAUAUUUGUUGAUCUCAAGAUUCUGGUAAAAAAAUGGAUUUUGCAACUUGAACUCUGUUCUGUAAUGGACUGUCAUAAACUAUGAUUUAUUAGAAGCUUUUCAAAUUUUAGUUUGGACAGAUUUUAAUAUCUAAAGUCAAUUAUCCUCUGCAGAAUUAAUACUGAUAGUUACAAUUAUCCAAAUGCCAAUAAAUUACCUUACCAUAAUGAUCAUCAUACAGGCAGCUUUUUCCCUGAACAGGUACAAAUUGAGCUUUGAACUGAAACCUUUUAGAAUAAUAAUCCGGUGAAGUGUGAUACAGCCAUUUGUCCGAAAUGGUGUAGGGUUUCCUGCCUGAGCAGGGGGUUGGACUAGAUGACUUCCAAGGUCCCUUCCAACUUUACUACUAUUACUAUUACAACUGUUAAGUAGUAUUUCAGUUAUAAUGUUCAGUGGUGCUGGGUCAUUUAAAUAGUGUUAAUGCAACUCAUUUCAUAAGUAUUACCUUGCUGAAAAAGGGAAUAAUGCUGCAGAUCACCAAUGUUCAGAUGAUGACAUUGUAGGAUGUGCUAUGGCUUUUGCUGCUGUUUAUUUACUUUGUUUAUAUAUGUGGAUAUUUAGAAGAUUCUUAAUGCCUGUCAGUUGGGAAACAAAAUACCUAGAUGAUUAUAGAUAAGCAUUUAAUAUAUAGUUCCUUAUCGAUGCUUUUGCAAUAUUUUUUUAUUUUAUAAGCCACUUUGAGUUUGUGCCAAUAUAUCAAAUAAGUUUAUCUAUUACCUUUUUAAAUAUCAGUUCACCAAACUAACAUACAUAGAGCAGUGGCAGCCUAUGCUAGGCUAACUGUUGUCUAUCUCUCUCGUGCCAAGUAAUAAGAAACGUCUUUUCACAUUUUUCCAGUUAUGGUCAGGUGUGAAUAAAAGUGAGUAUUUGCCAAAGGAACAAAUAUGGCAGUUAGACAUGUGGAAAAUUUUUGACUGAAACUUUGUGAGUUCAAAACAGACCGUUUUGAGCAUUUUGGAAAUGUUUCAAACCUAAAGCACUUCCAAAAUGCUUGAAACAGUAGUUUUAUAUAUGAAAUGGAAAAGUCCGUAGUUUCAUGUGCAAAUAAUUUGACUCAAAACAGUCUGAGUGACCCAUGUGGCAGAGAGGAUCUUAUGCCUUGGAUUUCAGACUGACUACAGAGAAACAAUAAAGUUUUUCCUUGCAAAAUUACCAAGCUUUUAUAUACAUACUGAUAUAAAUUAUGACUCAGCAAGUAGUAAUUUAAAUUCAUUUUAAGGUAAUUCAAGUAGUGAUUUUAUCAUUUGGCUAUUUGUACAGUGUAGUUGGCUAUUGAACUGGGGUUGACAUGCAAAAUUUGCAAAGGAAAGAAAUAUAAUUGUAAUAUAUUUAAUAAUAUAAGCAAAAAUAUAAAAACUAAAAUGGAACUCUUAUAAUACAAAAACAUUGGUCUUUGAUAGAAAUAAAUAGAAAAUGAAACAUUUACUUAAAAACUACCAUUGUGCCUCUGUAUAGAAAUUUACAACAACUCACUUUUCAAAAUUGAAUUCUAUAAACUGAAGUUAGAUCAAGGAUAUGUAUUGUUUCUUAAAAUAGUUUUUCACAUUUUUAUCAAAAAUAAAAGCUCACCAGAAUGAAACGUAAGUUAUUUGAACAAUGCACACUUUUUCCAGUAAACUGAGCUAAAGAAAAGUCAUUCAUGCAGUUUGAAUGUAAAGUUGCUGCAAAUAAUUUCAAGUGCCUAACUGAUCUUAGCUGAUUUUCUAAGCACUCAUGUAAAUAAGUAUCCUGAAGCAAUUUUCUUCCUAAUGAAAAUUUGAUUUCUACCUCUAAUUUAUUCAAAAAUACUUUCUGAUAUAUAUUUGAACAUAACGAUUCUGGCUUUUCAAGGCAUUGAACAUUUCUGGAAGAUUCAAAUAUGCCCUCAUUUAUAUUAUUCUUUCAGGUUAAAGAAAUGUGGUCAUCCCUUAGCAAACAGGAAAAAGUCUUUUACAAAAUGUCUGGAAUUUAAAUCAGAUGAUGGUUAAUAAACAUGGAUAUGAUAUCUGAGAUAUAUUUUAAACUCAAUCAAGAAUUAGUGGAUUAUGUUGAAUUCAAAACUUCUAACAUCUGUUACUUUAAACAUUAUGUGAUUGGCAUCCUUCUGUUUUGCACUCUCACAUCCUAUGCAAACAAAUGCCUAUUUUAAGUAUAGAACUGUUUAAUGAAUAGGGUUAUUCAUUGCUAUCCUAAACUUAAAAUAUGUAGCCCAGUUAUUGGAAGCCUAGUGCAGCCUUUGGGGUUUUGCAGUUAACUUCCCAUUAAUGUAUGCCUUACUCUGUUGGGAGAGGAUUGAGUUUCCAAGGGCCAACUGUCAGAAUUUGGGGGUGGAGAAAUAAGACAAAAUUGUUAGAAGGUGAAACUGCCUUCUGGUUUAAACCAGUUAAUCAGCCAGUCUGCAUGCGUAAAUGAGGCUGUAGAGUAUUUGCCAUUCUGCUUAUGUAUAUUUCUACAUGUGUAGAGAUUUGAGAACAGACUGGACAAGUUUUUGAUUUAGCUUCAGAAAAUUGCUUCUUGAUUAAGGUUUUAGAGAGUUUGAGCAUUUCCAGAAGCAUCUCACUUUUUGAAGAGGCAAUGCCCCAUACCAAGACAUUUCACCUCAUCCUACUGACACUGGCUGGAGUCCUGAUCUCUUUUGUAAAAACUGCAGAAUACUCACAAGGACCUAUCCCAACUUUGUGGAAUGAUCCACCAGAGCUGCAGUCAGGUGGAGGUCCUUUAGAAACCACCUCUCCUGCCCGCUUCUCAGAUUCUACAGGAUUCCCAUCAUACACAUCUGAUUAUGAACUAGAGGACACAACCCAUCUCCACCAACUGGAUAAUGACAAUGGGUCUCUGGGUCCUGGGGCUAUCGGUGCCAUAGUGAUUGCUGCUCUGCUGGGCACGUCUGUGAUUGUGGCCUUGAUUGUUAUCACUCUACGAAAAUGUUCUGCUUCCUAAAAUUAAUAAAAAGUGUUUUCCUCCCCAAGUAUACUCUUUUCGAAUCUUCCCCUUUCCUCCAUGCUUGCAUAUUUUGGGAGAGAAUAGGAAGAACAAAGGUACGCCUGCAUUUCAGAGGGCAACCUGUCCUCAAGCCACCUUGGAUCACAGCCAUGGGGCUUCUUCGCUUUCAGACAAAAGGCCUUGAAAAUGCAGAGUCUAAUGAUUGCAGAGUUGGAUGUUAGGUGGGAGGUACAGACUGCCCGAGAAGCUGCUACAAGCAUCAAGUUCCUGACAAGAAGACGCUUGCACCACCAAAUAUCAUGAAGCCCAUGCAUUACUGAAAGGCCACCUUACAUUCAUGCAUGCAUUUAAAGGCACAUAUUAAAACUAUGAAGGCUUAAUUGCUAUAGCAAAAAUAAAACCAUAACCAGCAGCUUAGUUUUUGAUUCCUGAAAUACUAGUGCUGGGGAGCAAGAUCAAGCUGUUCUGUAUUUAUUUCAGAUGGCCUGAUUUUAUAUAUUGUUCUGUUAUAAUUAAACAAGCCUUCCCCCCACUAAAUACUAUGUUUGCCCUGGCUUUUUUUUAAAGCAGCCAAGUUAAUAUUUGUUAAUAUUGGAUAUUAUUUUGGGGAGAGAUGAGAAACACUAAGGUUAAAAAAAAGUAUGCAAAUUUUUCCUUUGAUUGUGUAGAACAACAGCAUCAUUUAUUGCAUACUCUUAGGAACAUGCACUUCUAUCUAUUUGACUAAUAAUGUGUGACAGAGUGGUGCAACUACUAUAAACAUCUAUGUGAAACUCUACUCACAUCUCUCAAAGCUUUUGUGCAGUUGUGUUACAUAUUUAGUAGAUUUAAAAAGGAGGUUGAAACUUUCCAAUGGUAGAUUUGGCAGAUUACCUUCCUAAACUGUAUACUGCAGUGGUCUUCAAACUUGGCCCUUUUAUGACCUGUUGAGGAAUUCUGGGAGUUGAAAUCCACAAGUCAUAAAAGGGCCAAGUUUGAAGAUCCCUGGAAUACUCUGUAUCACAUCAUCUAACCUAAAGUGAGCUCUUCUUUCCAUUUACAAAGAGUUUUCUCUGCCAGGACUUAUCCAUGCUUCUUUAGACAUUGGAAUACCUUCUCAGAGUAUUCAGUCUUAAAUCGUUCUUAAAGUAUAUUGUUUUGGAUAGCAAUUGUUGGGCUCCCAAUUUUCCCCAGUUCCAGCUUGAUGAAUUGUCAUGGAUUCUGGGAUUUACAGCUGAACAUCCAGAGAAUGAUAAGUUCCUCAUUCCUUCUCUAAAAUAUUAAUAUAUCUCAUAUUUAUUAAUAUAUAACAAGAAGCCUUUGAAAGAUGGCUUUUUUCUACUGCUUACAGGAUUCUUCACAAACCUGACCCCUACUAAUGUCUGUGUGGCUAAACUUUCAUAAAGUCCAGCUAACAUUACCAGGUCAUCCUUUUAUAAAGACAUACUUGCUCAACUUAUUAUAGGAAGUGAUUUGCACAUUGCUACAAUUUUUAGGUAUUUUUUUCAUGUUUUUAUACAAUCUUAUCUACUUUUUUAUUAUUUUGCAAGUAAAUUACUCAAAGGCACAACAAUGGUACAAGCAAAACAUGAUUGGUAUUAGAUUACCAUUGUGAGAUGAGAAUGGACGCUUUCCCUCCAAAACUCAGCCACACUGGUGUUUUUAUAGCUCAGUAUAGCUCAAGAAAAAAAAAUCUUAAUGCAAUUUGGAAAACUCUAAUUUCAGUAGCAAUGAAACACUAGGAUCAUAUUUUAAUAAUACUGACCACAACUUAAUUGCCUAAGAACAUAUGAGUGAGGUUUUUUCCUAAUACAAUGAUUACAAAAGUUUUCACAUAUUCACGCUCUAUCCUUUCAAGCUGAAAAGUCUUACUCCUGGAAAUUGGUGUUAGUUAUAAUGAUAGAACAGAAUC